UCACCAAAUACCCAGUGAUGUCGGGAAGCAGUACAUUACCAAUACCACUGAAGUUCCGAAUAUGUGACAUCAGAGGUUUGGAGCAAGAACAUCUUAUGACAAAGGAAAAUAUGCGUUACAUACUUGAAGGAAAUAUUGCAGACAGAUUCCCGUUUGAUCCCAGUGCAAGUAUCUCAUCUGACAUGCCAGGCUUCGAGAAACACCCAAAACUUGAUCAGAAGAUUCACUGUGUUGCUCUGGUUCAAGAUGCUUCUAUCGUUGACGCCAUGAAAGAUCUAAGUCCAGAAGUCACAAAGAACAUUCAGGAAAUGCAGACGGUUAUGAAUAGUUUAGAUAUACCCCAAGUAGUUAUACUGACAAAGAUUGACACUAUCUGUGAGGCGACGAAACAGGAUGCAGCAAAUGCCUUCAGAAGCCCCAAAGUGGAGAAAUGUGUAGCUAAGGUGUCAGAGGUUCUUGGACUCCCACGAAAUAUGGUAUUUCCAAUGAAGAACUACGAAAAUGAAUACCACCUUGAUCCUAGCGUCGACGUUAUAGCUCUUCUUACUCUAAAAGGCAUACUGAACAACUGUGACGCCCAUCUCUUCAGCCACUAUGAUGAAAUUGUAGAGCAUUACACAGUGGUAAAGAGACGGAAGUAGUGAAUGAUACAUAGAAAACAAGCACAUGAAGUCUGUUUGCAGCCAUUUGCCGGGUUCGAGAAGUUGUUCUCUAAACGGAAGAUCAUAUACUUAGUGUUGGUAUAUUUUCUGGUCGUCUGAAAGCAUUGGUUACACUCAUUUUUACUUUAUAGAAUUCCAUUUAAGCCGUUGCUAGGGGGAUAAGAUAUCUUGCACAUUCCAUAACCUCCAGAUUUAAUCAAACCGAAGUCAGCUAUUAUGUUGCUUGGUUGCGUUCUGUGUUUCAAAGGGCCAUAUUUCAUUUAUAUGUAGUAACAUGUAUUGAAUAAGACUUUUAUUAGUGGUAUAUCUUAUCAUUGUUCUGUUUAUUUGUCUUCUAAAAGGGAGAAAAGAGAUGAAAAUUACCACACACUGAGAUACUACUACAUUAAUCUCUUUUGAUGCGCAUAAUAAUAUACAUAAGAAAUGCGUAAUAUGAUAAAUAAGAGACGUCUGUUCACAGCGCUUUCGAAUAUUCAAAGGAUUGAUGAACGUAUAGGGUCAGAAUAUUGCCAGAUAUUUUCCGAUAAAAGAAGAAAAAUAGAUUAGACAAAAAUGUACCUGUAUUUUGCGGAUUUGGAUAAGGCUGUGUUAAGUCUGGAUAAGUCUGGAUAAAACUGUGGUUGAGUCUGGAUAAGUAUCUCUGUGCUUUCGAGAAAUCUACCCUUACCUAAUAUCUUUUGCACUAUAUGGCAAUGUGUGACCAUGAUUGUAACCAAGUGUUCUUAGUUUCAAAGCCAUAUAUCUGACAGUUAAGACAAAAUAUAGAAUGGUAUGCGAAACCUAAUUUCUAUGUCAAAAAGGGCCAUAACUGAGCUAAAGUCCUUGUCCUAGUUAUGUUCUAUGUAGACUAUGAUUGUAUACAAGUUGUCAAAGUGUCAAAGUCAUAUGACAAACAGGUAAGGUAAAAUAUGGACCGGUAUGAAAUUUUAAGUGAUUUCCAAAAAGGGCCAUAGUUCAACCAAAACAGAAAGAGUAAUGUACUGUUGUCUGCAGAUCGAAAUCAUGAUGAUAGGCAAAUGUUCAUAGUUUCAAGGCCUCAUGUCAAAUAGUUUUAACAAAACGUGGACUUGUACGAAAACUGAACCGAUUUCUAAGUCCAAAAAGGUCCAUAAUUCCGCCAAGAUAGUUUAUAGAGUUAUGUAGUCUUGCCUACAGACGGAAAUCAUGAUGAUAAAAAGGUGUUCAAGGUUCAAAGCCAUAUGUCAAAUAGUUUUAACAAACGUGGACUUGUAUGAAAACUGUACCAAUUUCCAAGUCCAAAAAGAGCCAUAAUUCAGCCAAAGUAGAUAUCAGAGGUUUUUUUCUUGCCUACAGAUAGAGAUUGUUAUAAUAAACAAGUGGUAAAAGUUUUAAAGCCAUAUGUCAAACAGUUUACACAAAAUAUGAACUGAUACCAAAAAUUAAACCAAGAUUUGUCAUUUAAAAGAGGCCAUAAUUCAGUCAAAAUCCUUGAUGGAGUUAUGUACUCUCGCUUAAAACUGGAAAAAGGUGAUGGUACACAAGCGUUGAAAGUUUCAAAGCUUUAUUUUAAAAGUUUUUGUCAAAAUGUGUACUGGUACGAAACACUUAACCAAUGACGCCGAUAGCGACGAGGACGCCGUAUUGAUUAGGAUAUCUCUACUUUUUCUUCGAAAAGUAGAGCUAAAAAGCAGUAGUCAUCCUAAAUUGUCAUGUUUCUUUUGCGUUAUACAGGUGAAAGAGUCCUUUAUACAGGUACACAUAUAACAUUUUUCUCUAUGUUUUUGUAUUCACGUGCAUUGUUAACCAGUAAUAUGAGUGUUUACUUGAAUCUAGAGUUUGGUUUCUAGAGAUUGACCUUUAUUAUAGUAUGGUUUCUAGAGAUUGAUCUAAAGUAUAAAACUUUCUAUAUGUUUACAUUUGUGCAUAUCUUGUGUGUGUGUGAAAUACACGAUGUCAUUCAUUAGAGCAUAAUGUUUUAGACAUUUUAACAAAGUUUCCCUAGAAUUCUCUUCAACUAAUUAACAAUAUCAUUGAUAUACAACAUAAUCAUAUAUUAUUGUA